GGCAAUUCUGUCAAUGAAACUCAAACCCUAGUAUAUAAUUAAUAAUAAAUACGCACGGAACAAAACGCUCGGUUUUCAGUUUGCUAGGGUUACAAAUAUCCCCAUUGGGUCUCUGCUAAGAUCUCUUGUGAAUUCCUGCGAAAAAAAUAUGAGGCAUCUCUCUUCCCAACUUGCUUGCAGAUCGAAAGAUGAGCGACCCAGAUUAAGCUGGGGUAAGCCGUUUGAUCCUUACAGUGAAGAGAGAGUGAGAAAAGCAAAGGCUUGUAAAGCUACAGUUGUUUCGGAGAGGUCCAAGUCGCUUAAGGGAAAAAAGAGUAGGAGGAAGAAAGUUGGAUACACUGCUGAAAUCCUCUCUGAGGUGAAGCCUUCCUCAUGUUUUUAUGAUGUCGCCUGUAAAGAUGAGUUGCUGGAGCAACCAGAUGUCACCAAUAAAGAUGAGUUGCUGGAGCAACCAAAAUUCUCAAGCGACAUUGGAGAGAAGAAGAAUACAGGGAAGCAAAGAAAGUUAGCUCCUGUACCAGAGAUCCAUGAUUUUGAAGAACAUGAGAUGAUAGAGACUGGGAAUUUGAUUAAGAAGUCGGAGUUUCUUCGUCAUGGAAGAAGCCUGGAUGACAUGUAUCUCCCGAAAGGUAAUGCAACCGGAGCUUAUGCUUCUCAAAAUUCCAAUGCACGCAGAGCUAAGGGAGGCAUUGGCAUUUAUUCAUAAUGGAAUGAUCAUCGUUGGCGCUGAUACACGAGCCGCCUUUGAAACCCAAUCAAGGAAAUUGGAACUGGUCAAUUCCUCCUAUUCCAAAAUCAAAUGUCUCGGACGCCGUUUGCUUUGUGCAAUUUCUGGAGAAUUUCUGCAGUGUGAAAAGUUCAUCUUAGAAUUGCGUAAGAGUUGCGGGACAUAUUAUGAGAGUUAUGGGGAAGACUUGCCCGCCUCACAGGCAUAAAAAAUACUGCACCGGCAUGUAUCCAAAUGGAGAAAGUAUGAAAGAGAGAAGAGCAUAUUGGCACAUAAGGAUCACAUUGAGAAGGAACUACAAAUUUUAGUUGCCGGUUGGGGCUCAGAAGGACCUCAAGUAUUUUUGGUGGAUGGUAUUAUUCCCCCGAUAACAAGGGUCCAUUUAGCUGGUGGAAGUGGUGGUGAGAUGGCUCACCCUGUUAUAUGUAGUUCCAAGCCUCGAAUGAGCCUUGACAAAGUAGCAGACUUAGCGAGUCCUGCUAUUUGCAUGGCUGCUUUGUAUGAUUACUACACUGGGGGCUACUUAAUGGUGCACUGUAUUACAGAAAAUGGGCACACCCUCCUCUGCGACAUGUUUCACAUUGGAACGUUGUUGCAAAUGAACUACGACAUGUUGGAAGAUGAUUCAUGGCACAACUGACGGACGUUUGCUAUGUAACAAUAAGGGUUAAAACUAUUUUGUUCAAUAUUUUUCUUUCAAUAUCACGUUUUUGUGGGUGGAGUUGGAUCGUGUUGUGGGUAGCAUUUUGCUGAUGUCCGGAUAAAGAUUAUAUAAUUAACAUUUCCUAGAAUUUGUUAUUGUUGAAAAGUCUGCUACUAAUUAUGCCCGCACUGUACGAAUUUUAAGAUAUUUUUAUGUGACAUUCAAUAAUCAUAUUUUUUUUGGCAAA